ACUGUCUUGAGGUCAUUAGCUGGAGGCGGUUUUAGAUGGGGCGUUACGUUGAUGAACUCAGGCCGAAUAAACUAUGAGUUUUUAGGUUCAGUGAACAAAGAAUGGGUAUGGAAAGAUAACUUGUAUUACUUUCACUCACUGAAAGUCAAGACAGAGUUAUGCUAUCACAGUGGUUGUGUUAAUACUAUCUGUUGGGACGAUCAUGGAGAGUAUAUUUUGUCGGGUUCAGAUGACAGAUGCAUCGCUAUUGCUAACGCUUUUUCACAAGUUUGUUCUCUUGACUGUAUUAGUUUAAUAACAACGAUUUUUGUCAAUCAGGAUUCUGAAAAUCAAAACGUCUAUACUUUAAAAUUGCCCGCGUACAGUAACAUCUUUACAGCUAAGUUUCUCCCUUUUUCCUGUGGAAGCGAAGUAACGUUCAAUUUAAAUUUUUAAUUGCCUUAGAUAGUUGUUGGCUUUAAAUGCGGUUGUGUUACCCAUGUUAAUCCUAAUUCUAGUAUAAAGGAUAGUCUCAAGAAUAUUUUCUGUCACUCCUUUGCAGUGUAUGACGUGAGUUUAAGUCCAUAUAAGAUUGUUCACUACAUUUUACGUCUGGUUUCCGUUUUCACUUGUUAUUAAUCCCGAUAACUGUCUUUAUCUUAGGUAUAUUUAUAUCCCUAUGACAGUGCUCCCAUAAAUACCGCAUUUUCGACACAAGUUCUACGGCGAGUAGUUAGAGUGCUAACUAUUAAAGUCACUACUGAAAGUGGAACGCCUGAAGAAAUUAGUAUUCCCUUUCGAAAACUAGCUGCUGUCUUAAUGGUAAAACGGUAUAGUGUUCUGUCUAGGCGAAAACAAGGAGUUCGUUUAAUAAUUAGAUAAUUCAUUUCCUAAUGACAUUUGUAUUUCUCAUUACCGGGUGAUUUUGUUAUCAAACACCAACUCAGCUGGUAGUUGUUAGUGUUGCUGCUAGACAUUAAUGAAAUAUAGUCGAGAAAAUCUACCAAGGGAUAAGUAAAAGUUAUGUACUUUUGAUAUGUCGUCUAGUCAGUUUUUUAAGCGUCUGUAUAAGAGAAAUUCAUAGUCAUUGUCGUAAUUGUUUUUUUGCGUGUGUCAAGUUUCAGUACUUCAUAUAUUCUUGAAAAUACUUUCUUUCCUAUGUACCUGAAAUUACGAUAAGCUCACAUUGAUAAGAUGCUUACUCAAGAUGUGAAUCAACCUCUAUUAGGAGUAUUAAUAAAGCCGAUCAGUUUACCAACGUGAAUGAAGAAAUCAGUUAUCACUAACAAAUCUUAAAACAAGAUUAGGUAGUUGCAUUUUAAACACUAUAAAUUGCCUUGUUGUUUGGUUGACUAAGACAAUUUUUACUUGCUUUUCAAAUGUUUCAUACUUUUGUUUGGUUUUCUACCUUUUUACUUACACUAUAUCAUUGCUAUUUGGCUAACGUUUUGGUGUUGUUUUCAGAUUCUUACUUUGCAAGAAAUGCCUACCUGCUUUAUAACACUAUCUCAUGACCGUUCAGCGACUCUUCUGGAUACCAGAGCCACUUCCGUCGUACGCAAAAGUUCGAGUUGUAGUCGAGGAUGUUUCAACAACACAAACUCACCAUGGGUUUCAAAUUUUUCUGUUGUCAAUCAGUUAAAGUUUCAUUUUCCAGUAACUGCUGGUGAUAUCCAUCCUUUGAAUGGAUGUUGUUCAAUUGCGCUGGCGACAGCCGACGGUUUUGUACGUCUUUUUGAUAUUCGGAAGCUCGUUUCCACUUUGUCCUCCUCUGCAGCUGUGGGCGACCCACCCCAACCAACUCCAUUUCGUGUAGCUAGACCUCUUGGUUUACCCGCGAAGAUAAAUUCGAACAAAACAUUCAGACUAAAUUAUGGACCAGGUCAUAUAACGUCCGUCAAGUUUGAACCUAUCUAUGACAAGGAUCAUACUCAGUUUUUGUUACCUACUGGCCGUAAACAGUUACCUUCGUCGGAUCUUGGUGGGAAACAUUUACUUGUCAGUCAUAUGUAUGCCCCCGUUUUCUUGUAUGAUCUUUAUUCAGAAGAAGCUUUUAGCGACUCUGAAGUACAGCGGCCUGAUUGGCUACCGAAUACGGAUACAUGCAGUCCAUCAUCUGAAACAGAAUCUCUUCGCUCAUCAGAUAGCCUUAUUUCAGAUCCAAAUAUACGUUUAACUGUUGCUCUCUAUCGAUGGCUCACUCAGCAUCGAUCCAGAACAGAUGAAAGUGCUGUGGAUGAAGCGUCAACUGAAUCUCAAACAACAUCUUCAAGUCCUGCCGAAUCAACAACUGGUCAAACUUCUUACACAGGCUCUCAGCGUGAACAGAGACUCCCUAUCGAUUACUUAACAGAUGCAUAUAUUUCUGACGUCAUUAAUUCUUCUCCAAGGUGUCGCGAAAUAAUGAAGUAUUGUGGUCGUGAAUGCUGUAGUACUGUGGUCAAAGUUUCAACAUUUUGGGGGCGGAAUUUUAUCCUGUCCGGAUCUGAAUGUGGUCAUUUAAUUGCAUGGGAUCGUAAUACAGGAAAGCCUGCACUUGCUAUUAAAGCAGAUACAUCUGUAGUAAAUCGAAUUAUUCCUCAUCCUCGUUUUCCAAUGAUUGCUGUCAGCGGAAUUGAUCGGUCCAUAAAAAUAAUUGAACCUGAUCCAAAUGUAUACGAACAAAGUGAAGUUGACGAUGGUGAUGACCAUGAAAAAUCAGCAUUUAUAAAAGUAGUAAAACAGCAUGAAGAAGAAGCAAAUCAGUUAUGUCAAACAAAUGAUAUAAGAACGAAAAAAAUAUUAAGUUCUGGGAACAAUCACUUGGAUAGUAUCGCACGUCUACGAGCUGGUCGUGUUGCACGAAUGAUCUUACUACGGCUCGUUGAAGGGACAAACUCCACAGAUUCGAGAUAUACGGAUACAAACACAUGAAGCUCAUCUGGCUGUGACUUUUAUGAUUCUUGAUCUCUGUGCUUUCAACUGAUUUUCACUAUUUAUCAUUAUUCGAAUUCAAAUUCAUUUCUUUCCGAAUCGUCUGUGACAUGCUUUUAUCCUCUCUCUAAAUUUCCCUUAACACAAAACUUGUUAGUUAGUAUUUCAUCAAAUAAUCAUUUAUGCCUAUAAAAGCGACUGUAUAGUAC